AUUUGAUUAAAAAAAAAAGGGGCAGAGGAGUGUUGGUAGGUCGCGCGAGCCAUAGCAUCUUCCUAAUUGCGUUGCAUAUUGCAGAGUGUUGAGUUGAGAUGGAGAGAAUGAUGCGACUCAGAUCACUCAUCCGAUCACUGAGUUCCAGAUCUUAUCAUUCCUUCGCAUCCACCAGCCAUUUCGCGCUUCGACCCUCUCUUCUCUCUCGCCCUCACAAUCCCCUUCCUUCUUCCUCAGAAUGCAGGCCUCCUUUCUCAAUGGGUUUAGGGAGAAUGCGUUUCUACAGUGAAGAUGUCACUCACAUGCCUAAUAUUAAAGACACUGAGCUUUACAAUGCUUUCAAGGAUUUGAUGGCUGAAAGUUGGAGCGAGCUUCCAGACUCUGUUGUUCAUGGUGUUAAGAAUGCGCUGUCUAAAAACACUGACGACAAAGCUGGCAAGGAGGUUGUGGAAAAUGUGUUCCGUGCAGCUGAAGCUGUUGAGGAGUUUGGUGGGAUUCUAGUCUCCUUGAAAUUGGAAAUUGAUGACAGCAUUGGAAUGAGUGGCGAGGAUGUAAAGCCAUUGCCUGAUCAUAUAAAAAAUGCUCUGCGUACCAUUUUUGAUCGCUACUCCACCUAUUUGAAUUCCUUUGGACCUGAUGAGAGCUAUCUGCGUAAGAAGGUGGAAAUAGAAUUGGGCGCAAAGAUGAUUCAUUUAAAAAUGAGAUGCAGUGGCCUUGGGGCUGAGUGGGGAAAGGUUACGGUUCUUGGAACUUCAGGACUUGCGGGUUCAUAUGUGGAGCAAAGAGCAUAGAAGAAAUAUUUUAGAAACAGUGCAUGUAAUUGUUUGUUCGUGUUUUAUAUCAUGUUUUUCAUGCCUGUAGACCCUUCGAUUUGUUUUUUCCUGACCCUUUUGUUAUCAAGCGUUUGAUAGCAUGGAAAUAAGAGCCCUUAACUUUGUUAACUGGGAUUUGUCCUCAAACAGCGCUUUCUUUCAUUCUCAAUGUCAUUUUCCAUAAGUUAACAAUGUUGGUGAACUUUUAAGAACUUGUAUAUAUCUUCUUAGACGAUAUGAAAAUGACAAGUCAACAAGUGAAUUAAUUGUAUCGA